AUGAAUAAAUCUGUUUUAUUAGAGAUGCAACUCAAGGAAGCCCUCGAUAGAGAGAUCAAUCUCAAAAUGCUGAAUGAAUCCUUAAUGUAAGCCAUGAGUGGCAUGGCAAAUCAAGACAGGGGCAAAGAAAUUCAUUUAUUAAAUUAACUGCAUCAAUAGGAGCUAUCCAAAUUAAAAACGACUCUUCAAGAAAAAAUAACAAUUCUAGAAUACGAAGUAAGAUCCGAAUAUUAUUUUAAGCAUCGCAAGAAAUGUCUAGAGUUUGUACAAUUGUAAAAAGAUUAUAGCCAAUUAAAAUUAGACUAUGAAGAGAAAGAAGAACAAAAAUGUCUAAGAUGUGUUGAAUUGCAAUAUUAAUUGAGUUUGAUCGUAAAAUAAAAUGAAGUUGAAAAAGAAGGACUUGCUCAUGAAUUUGCAGAUGCCCUCAGCAAUUAGAAAUCUAUUAUUGAAUACGACUUGAAUUGCCUCAAAUCGAAUCUCAAGGAUCUCACAUACUAAUUAGAUUGUGAGUGUAAGGAGAAGGACAAAUUGUAAAAUGCUAUUCAAGAAUUAAAUAAGACUCACGAUUAAGCAGUAAAUAGUACUUAUAGAUUAGUAAAAGCAGCUUAAUGUAACAAAUUUGCUGAUUUAAACAGAUCCCACCAUGAAACAAUCCUUUAGAAUAAUCAAUAUCAAAUGAAUAACCAAUAGAGAGAAUAGAUGUAAACAGUCAAGCUUUCACAAAAUGAAUAAGAGAAAUUAAAUUUGGAAAAGUCACUCCUAGAAUACAAAGAGAUUAAUUAUAAAUUGGAUUCUUAACUUAAAAUAUUGAAUCAGCAAUUACUUGAUAAAGAAACUAAAAUAAUUGAAUAAAAAACAGAAUUAACAAAAAAUAAUGUUAAGUUGUAGCUCUCAAAUUAAAAAAUGAUUUUCAAAGAAAAUAGUCUCUCCUAAUCGAAGAUUCUCUUAAAAAAGAAUAACAAUUAAAAACCAUUUAAACUCAACUUACAAGGUAGAAGAGCAAGAAUAAAUUUUAUGAAAAAUGCUCUUAAUUAAGUCAACCUCUAAGAAAUUAAGAAUGCCACUCCUAAAUAAAUUAAGCAUAAAAAAAAUAACCUUUCCAACGAUUACAAAUCUUCUCAUUAACCUGGACAUUAAAAAAAUACUUUAAGUCAAGGAAACAUUGGAAAAAUUAAAUUAUAGCCAUCCACAAUUCUUAGAAGUGAAGCAGACUCUAUUCAUUUCACUCUAACAGAUAUGUUGAAUUCAACUAGAAAUAUUGAUUAACAAACACUAUCUUGUCGAUAAUCUAAUGAUGAUAUCACUUACCAUAUUGACCAAUUUAAUUGUGUGGCCAAAAUUAUCUAAACUAAUGAAGAUUCAGUCACCCCGACAUAAAUCUUAACGGAUAGGCAAUUAUCUCCCAGAAUUAGAAUUCAAACAGUGAAUCCGAAGGGACCUACUUCAAAAGUACGAUAAAUACAGGCAGAUUUGUCUAAAGAAAAUGCUAUAGUGAGACUUAAAUCUUGAUAAUAUAAACUUAACUAAAAAUUUUAUAAAAAUUAUGUUGUGAA